GUUUCGCACACAGUCUUUGAAUGUGAACUUAGUAUUUGUCUCUGAUAUAACCGAUGGAUCAUGCUUUUGUGUUUAUAAAUCGAAUUUAAACUAAUCGAUAGUUUUUGAACCAUCGCAAAUUUGUAAGGCCAACUCACUGAAGUCUUCUAAAAUUGUAUAAGUAUAGAUUUAUACAAUGUGGAUUGCAAAUAUGUUUUUAAGAUUAAUUAUUUUGAUUAGCACUUACAAUCUUGUUAUUGGUGUUAUGUUUAAUAUAAAGCCAAAUGCUCAAAAGUGUUUAAAGGAAGACAUUCAACCAAACCAGUUGGUUAAAGGAGAAUAUGAAGUGACCACUGUCCCUGGCCAAUUGAUUGACUAUAUUGCUAGAGAUACCAAAGGGCACAUAUUGUCGAAAGGUGAGCUUAUCACGAAAGGAAAAUUUACUUUUAUGUCUGAGGUCUAUGAAACCUACGAAAUCUGCUUCAUUUCAAAAGUUCCGCCACGUAAGUAGUAUUAAUAUUCGGCUUCAGUAUACCCUCCCACCAUUUUAGGGCUAAUUGGGGUAUGGUUAGAUAGAGGAUCCAGAAAAAGAAUAUAUGUAAUAAUAGCCGCCGGAAACUUAUACUGUCAGCGUCAAAAGAAAGUGUACACCUUUUUCUCAUACAUUUCACUCUUUAUUUCAAUAUAAAAAUAUUAAAU